GUUUUGUUAAGUUCCAACGUAGCCCCCAAAGCCUCAAUCACACUGCAAUUAUAUCUAGUUUGUUUACAUACUUCCUUUUUCUCUCGUUCUUCCCUCUUUCAACAGCAUUUGUUUCUUUUAAACCAAGAUGGCCUUCCCUGUCUCUGCAAUUGGAUUUGAAGGCUAUGAAAAAAGACUUGAGAUGUCAUUUUUUGACCCUGGUUUCUUUAUUGAUCCUCAAAGGAUGGGCCUACGCUCCUUAUCCAAAUUACAAUUGGAUGAAAUCCUCAAACCGGCUGAAUGCACAAUUGUUUCUUCACUGUCAAACAAUCAUGUCGAUUCUUAUGUUCUUUCUGAAUCGAGCCUUUUUGUGUAUCCUUACAAAAUCAUCAUCAAAACUUGUGGGACUACAAAAUUGCUCCUUUCAAUACCUGCCAUUCUGAAGUUGGCCAACAACAUUUCACUUUCUGUACGGUCUGUGAGGUACACUCGUGGGAGCUUCAUAUUUCCUGGGGCUCAACCAUUUCCAUAUCAUAACUUCUCUGAGGAAGUGGCGAUCCUUGAUCGCUAUUUUCUUAAGCUUGGUUCUCGUAGAAAGGCUUAUAUUAUGGGUGGUUCUGAUAAAACAAAGAAAUGGUAUGUGUAUUCAGCUUCUGUACCAAUGAGUCAUCAUUCACAUCCAGUGUAUACUUUAGAAAUGUGCAUGACUGGUUUGGAUAGGAAGAAGGCAUCUGUCUUCUACAAAACACAUGCAAGUUCGGCAGCUUUGAUGACCGAGCAUUCAGGUAUUAGGAAGAUUCUUCCAAAGUCCCAGAUUUGUGAUUUUCAGUUUGACCCUUGUGGUUACUCCAUGAAUUCAAUUGAAAAGGAUGCAAUUUCAACAAUUCAUGUCACUCCAGAAGAUGGUUUCAGUUAUGCAAGUUUUGAGGCAGCUGGUUAUGAUUUUGAAACUGUGAAUUUGAAUCAACUGAUUGAGAGGGUUUUGAGUUGUUUCAAGCCGACUGAGUUCUCUGUAUGUUUACAUUCUGACAUAAAUGGAGAUGACCUAGGGCAAAGGAUCCCACUUCAUGUGAGUGGAUACUGUUGUGAAGAAAGGAGCUUUGAACUGCUUGGGAAUGGCGGUUCAGUCAUUUACUACAGCUUUGUUGGUGCUGAUGUGUGUGUGUCUCCUAGGUCGAUUCUAAAAUGCUGCUGGAGUGAGGAUGAGAAGGAUGAGCAAGUUGAAAGGUUUUGGCCUGUGCCAUACCAUUUGAGUGCUCUAUAGCUUUGGAUACUUGACAUUAGAAGGUGAAUCUGAGUGCAACAUUCAAUUGUUGAAAGUAAGGAGGAGAAGGAGGAGGAUGUGCAACUGAAAUUAUGUUUAGUUUUUAUAUUUGUUUCUGUUGUUUUUCUUGAAUAAAUGUUGUGGGGUUAUGUGGUGAGAAGAGGCAUAUAAUAUAUAUAGCCAUGCUUUUAAGUUUCUUUUAUGCUCCUGUAUUUGGGCUAUUAAGUGCCAAUGCCAGAUGGAACUGGAGAAUAAAUUGUGCUAUGUGUUAUAAUACUUUUCAUUGUGUUUAUUA